AUGGCGGUGUCUCGUCGCUCUUCGCAGCAGCAACAACAGCAGAAUACAUUACAGUCUCCGCCAAGAAACAGCUCUCUGUCGGGCGCUCCUCCGGCCUCUCCGCCGAUGGCUCUGCUGACCUCGGCUGUCGGACCCCCGGAGAAUGAGAGGGAAUGCAGCGGAGGGAUCGAGAUGGCUCUGGCCUCCCCAGACCUGACCGCCCCGGUCCUAGCGAGCAGCGCAAGCUUCACCACGACAACCUCUGGCGGCGGCAGCAGCAGCGUAUCAAGCCCAGGCUCCGGAGCUGCCAGUCCCACUGACGGUAGCAGCGGCAUCGGCGGGGCGUUCAGGGAGUUGUUCGAGGCCUGUCGUAACGGAGACGUAUCUAGAGUAAAGAGACUUGUCGACUCGGUGAAUGUAAACGCGAAGGACAUGGCUGGUCGAAAAUCAACUCCCCUUCACUUCGCUGCGGGUUUUGGCAGAAAAGAUGUGGUGGAGCACCUUUUGCAGACAGGGGCCAAUGUUCACGCCAGGGAUGAUGGAGGACUAAUCCCCCUGCACAAUGCCUGCUCUUUCGGCCACGCAGAAGUUGUCAGCCUCCUCUUGUGUCAGGGUGCAGACCCCAAUGCCAGAGAUAACUGGAACUACACACCGUUACACGAGGCUGCCAUCAAGGGGAAGAUAGAUGUUUGCAUUGUGUUACUCCAACACGGAGCUGAUCCAAACAUCCGCAACACUGAUGGAAAAUCUGCUUUGGAUCUUGCCGACCCUUCAGCCAAGGCUGUUCUCACUGGUGAAUACAAGAAGGACGAACUUCUGGAAGCAGCAAGGAGUGGAAAUGAAGAAAAGCUGAUGGCAUUGCUGACUCCAUUAAAUGUUAACUGCCAUGCCAGUGAUGGCCGCAAGUCAACAUCCCAAAAAAUGCUGUCGACGCCCCUCCACCUGGCUGCCGGUUACAACCGGGUCCGCAUCGUCCAGCUCCUUCUCCAGCAUGGAGCUGAUGUGCACGCCAAGGACAAAGGUGGCUUGGUUCCCCUUCACAACGCCUGCUCCUACGGCCACUUCGAGGUCACUGAGCUUCUGCUUAAACACGGAGCCUGUGUGAACGCCAUGGACUUGUGGCAAUUCACUCCUCUCCACGAGGCAGCGUCCAAGAACCGAGUGGAGGUCUGUUCUUUACUGCUGAGCCACGGAGCCGACCCCACCCUGCUGAACUGUCACAGCAAGAGCGCUGUGGACAUGGCCCCCACUCCAGAGCUUAAAGAAAGACUCACCUAUGAGUUCAAAGGUCACUCGCUGCUGCAGGCAGCCCGGGAGGCAGACAUGGCCAAAGUGAAGAAGACGCUUGCUCUGGAGAUCAUCAGCUUCAAACAUCCUCAGACCAACGAGACAGCUCUGCACUGUGCUGUGGCUUCUCCCCAUCCCAAGAGGAAGCAGGUGACUGAGUUGUUGCUGCGUAAAGGUGCCAACAUCAACGAGAAGAACAAAGACUUCAUGACACCGUUGCACGUUGCUGCUGAGAGAGCUCACAACGAUAUCCUAGAAGUGCUGCAGAAACAUGGAGCCAAGGUUAAUGCUGUGGACACAUUAGGUCAGACGGCUCUUCACAGAGCUGCGCUGGCUGGUCACAUUCAGACCUGCAAGCUGCUGCUGAGUUACGGAGCCGACCCCUCCAUCGUGUCCCUGCAGGGUUUCACUGCUGCCCAGAUGGGUAACGAGGCCGUGCAACAGAUUCUUAAUGAAAAUGUUCCCACACGUAAUUCUGACGUAGACUACAGAUUUCUGGAGGCAGCCAAAGCAGGGGAUCUGGAUACAGUGCAACAACUUUGCACUCCCCAGAAUGUAAACUGCAGAGACCUGGAGGGCCGCCACUCUACUCCUCUCCAUUUUGCAGCUGGUUACAACCGAGUGGCUGUCGUUGAAUACCUGUUACACCAUGGAGCUGAUGUCCAUGCCAAAGACAAGGGCGGUCUGGUUCCACUCCACAAUGCAUGCUCCUACGGUCACUAUGAAGUGGCUGAGCUGCUGGUCAGACACGGAGCUUCAGUCAAUGUAGCCGACCUGUGGAAAUUCACCCCGCUUCACGAGGCUGCAGCCAAAGGCAAAUAUGAGAUCUGCAAACUGCUGCUCAAACAUGGAGCGGACCCAUCCAAGAAGAACCGUGAUGGCAACAUGCCACUGGACAUGGUGAAAGAUGGAGACACAGACAUCCAGGACCUGCUUAGGGGUGAUGCAGCCCUACUGGACGCUGCCAAGAAGGGCUGCCUGGCCCGAGUCCAAAAACUCUGCUCCCCUGAGAACAUCAACUGCAGAGACACACAGGGACGCAACUCCACACCACUCCACCUCGCAGCUGGGUACAACAACCUUGAGGUGGCAGAAUAUCUGCUGGAGCAUGGAGCUGAUGUCAAUGCCCAGGACAAAGGAGGCCUUAUCCCUCUUCAUAAUGCUGCUUCUUAUGGGCAUGUGGACAUUGCAGCUCUACUGAUCAAGUACAAUACGUGUGUGAAUGCUACAGACAAAUGGGCUUUCACACCCCUCCAUGAGGCAGCCCAAAAGGGUCGUACACAGCUUUGUGCGCUGCUGCUGGCUCAUGGAGCCGACCCCACAAUGAAGAACCAGGAGGGCCAGACUGCCCUGGACCUGGCCACGGCUGAUGAUAUCAGGGCCCUGCUGAUGGACGCCAUGCCACCAGACGCCCUGCCUAGCUGCUUUAAGCCCCAGGCCACAGUGGUCAGCGCCUCAGUCAUUUCCCCUGCCUCCACACCAUCCUGUCUGUCGGCCGCCAGCAGCAUAGACAAUUUAGCCGGACCGCUCACUGAGCUGGCUGCUGCCGCUGCCUCUGGGUCCUCGGGAGUGGCAGAUGGAGCCACAGGCACUGACCGCAAGGAAGGGGAGAUGACCAUGCUGGACAUGAAUAUAAGUCAAUUUAUGAAGAGCCUGGGCCUGGAGCACCUGAGGGACAUCUUUGAGAGGGAGCAGAUCACUCUGGAUGUGCUGGCUGACAUGGGUCACGAGGAGCUGAAGGAGAUUGGAAUUAAUGCCUAUGGCCACCGACACAAGCUUAUCAAGGGUGUUGAGAGGCUGCUGGGCGGCCAGCAGGGUGGUAACCCCUACCUGACAUUCCAUUGUGCCAGCCAGGGCACCAUCCUGAUAGACCUGGCACCAGAUGACAAGGAAUACCAGUCAGUGGAGGAAGAGUUGCAAAGCACCAUCAGAGAGCACAGAGAUGGAGGCAACGCUGGUGGUGUGUUCAGCAGAUAUAACAUCAUCAAGAUUCAGAAGGUGGUAAAUAAGAAGCUGAGAGAACGUUACACCCACAGACAGAAGGAAAUCGCAGAUGAGAAUCACAACCAUCACAAUGAGCGGAUGUUGUUUCACGGUUCCCCAUUCAUCAACGCCAUCAUUCACAAAGGCUUCGAUGAGCGCCACGCUUACAUAGGAGGGAUGUUUGGAGCAGGUAUCUACUUUGCAGAGAACUCGUCAAAGAGCAAUCAGUAUGUCUACGGCAUCGGUGGAGGCACAGGCUGCCCGACGCACAAAGACCGAUCCUGCUACCUGUGCCACAGGCAGAUGCUGUUUUGCCGAGUGACCCUAGGGAAGUCCUUCCUACAGUUCAGUGCCAUGAAGAUGGCCCACGCCCCCCCAGGACACCACUCAGUGAUUGGGCGACCCAGUGUUAACGGCCUGGCCUACGCUGAGUACGUCAUCUACAGAGGAGAGCAGGCGUACCCGGAGUACCUCAUCACCUACCAGAUCCUUAAACCAGAGAGCACAGCCCAGGCUGCUGCAGGAGCUGAACAGAAGUCGUAGUUACUUUCACAACACACACACUCACAUACACGGACUCGAUGCUCGUUAUUUUCUCCUUUGUGUUGCAAAUGCCUAAACACUUUUUAUUUACCAAACACAUUUCCAGUUUCCUGUCCAGUAGAACUUCAUGGUGACCAGUGCUUCAUGAGCAGAUAUGCUGUAUAAUCCUCCACUUCCCAUGGUGAUGACACACUUUUUUUGCAUCGGCUGCAUGUUAAUACAGAAGCAUGUAAGGCCCAAUAGCGUGCGUGGGUUAGUUCUUUCCCCCUCCCCUCCUCACCAAUCAGGAGGAUGCUUGUAGAGACUUAGAAGUAUCAGCAUUAACAGUUUGCCACUCUUUGUUGUCUCAUGCCUUGUGACUGUGCAGAAUCACCGACCCCUCACCUCUACACACACAAAUACACACACUGUCUCACUGUCAAAGCCUGAAACCUGUGGACUACUACUGCCCCACCGCAUCUGGGCUCAUCCUGUAUAGAAUGGCCUCUGGUAACUGUGAUUUUAAUGCUAACUUAGAACACUACCAAACAGGUAACAGUGUAUUGUUGCUAUGCUGUAAUGCUGACUUUCUGAACUUUCACCACAACAUCACUACAAACACUGAACUGUAAUGUUUUUAGUGGUUUUAUUCAGGGCUGGACGUGCUCGAUAGAGAAAGGGCUCUCUGUCAAAUCACAAAAGUUGAGACUAUUUUAUUGUCGUUACAAUAUCAAUCUGUAUGAGAAGACGUGCUCAGUAACAAAGCUGAAAUGCAGUGUAAGGCAUCAUAAUUACACAAUCGUAUCUAAAAGCGUGGAUGAUGUACAUUAAAAGCAUUAUAUAUGACUGUGCUUCAAGACAGUAGAGUCAGUAAACAUUGAAAUGUGCUUGUGAUGCCUUACAAGUUAACACCCAAUAGCCAGUGAACUCAACAAAGCACCCUUUCUGUCACCAUGGUCUUACUCACAGACAUCCCACGCAUAAGGAUUUGCACUUUUACAUAGAAGCCUAUUUAAGUUAUUUUGAAUUUAAAUUGCAAAUUUUCGGGAAAAAAUAUUUGUACAGGUUGUGUAAAUGGUUGUGUAUAACUGUUGCUGUUUAACAGUAUGAGUUCAACUGUAAAUGACAUGGAUUUUCCUUUCAUGCCUUCUUGAUUCUCCCAACUUUUUUUUUUAAUAAAUGUCCCAUUAACAGCU